AUGUCGUUCUUAUGUUCUCGACUCGUUCGGUCACACACGAUUGCUUUUGCAACACGGACACACAUCCCACAUCAGAGACACUUUUCCUCCGUGAAAGCUUUCCCCACUGAACCCACGCCUCCUUCGCGUCCAUGGAAGUAUACCCGUCGUGCUGUUUAUGCCGCCCUCGGUAUCGGGGCAUUCUGGAUAGUUGAUAGAGAAUACAUUGGGUCCGCGAUCACACGCAACAUGCGCACGUUCUGGACGGUGCGUGUCAUAUCUUCCUGGUCUUGCGCGUUUCUGGCAGUACCUCCUUCCAUGGAGUUUGAGUUUCUUAUCUUAGGUCUGACUUCGCGUUGUUCAAUGAUUGCUCUUGACUACAAGCUUAACUUCAAACCCGAGAUGAGCGAGGGCAUCCCCGCUCUGCACGAACGAGUUGCGGAGCGUGUCUAUGAUCUCUUUACAUCCAAUGGAGGCUUGUAUAUCAAAAUCGGCCAAGCCUUCGCAAACAAUGCCGCUCUCAUGCCUCGACCUAUGCAGGAGAAAUUUUCAAAAUUGUUCGAUGAUGCACCCCAGGUUCCCUAUAGCGUCGUCAAGUCCGUGUUUGAGGCUGAGUUUGGAAAGCCUCCUACAGGCCCCGACGGAGUCUUCGAGGAGUUCGAGGAACGUGCAGCUGCCAGUGCGAGUAUCGCACAGGUGCAUCGCGCCAAACUAAGGACCAGAACUGAGGACGGACGUGACCAAUGGGUUGCGGUGAAGAUCCAGAAACCCGACGUUAGCAAGCAGGUCGAGUGGGAUCUAGGAGCUUUCAGGAUCGUGAUGUGGAUUUACGAGAAGUACCUCUUUGACAUGCCUGUGUAUUUUGUUGUUGACUUCAUCUCGGACCACUUGCGAAGAGAGCUUGACUUCAAGCUGGAGAUGGCCAACGCAGAGAAAACGGCUGAAUUCGUUGCUGCCGAGCCGCGCUUGGCGGAGAAGGUUUACAUCCCCAAGGUAUUCCCCGAGCUGUCAACAAAGAAAGUCAUGGUGGCCGAAUGGAUCGACGGAGUACGUCUGAGCGACCGCAAAGGUAUCCGGCAACUCAUGGGUGAAGAAGACUACCCACAACAGUCUUCGUCCUCUCCCACACCCGUCAAGCUUAAGGGUGGCGUUGAGAGCAUCAUGCGAACGAUGGUCGAGCUUUUCAGCGCGCAGAUUUUCGACUGGGGCUGGGUGCAUUGCGAUCCGCACCCGGGGAACAUCAUCAUCCGGCCGCAUCCGCGACACCCGACGACACCGCAGUUUGUGCUGCUUGACCACGGACUGUACGUACGCGUUACAGCAGACUUUCAGCAGCAGUAUGCAACGCUUUGGAAGGGCCUGAUGACGCUCGAUCGCGGUGUCGUUGCGGGCGUUGCGGGCGAGUGGGGCAUCGGUGCGCCGGAUCUUUUCGCAAGCGCAACGCUCAUGCGACCGGUGAAGUUUGGGGGGGCGCAGGAGAACUUUGAGGAGAUGACGGAGUACGAACGGAGCGUGCGCAUGAAGGAGACGCUGCGGACAUUUCUGACGGACACAGACAAGAUCCCGAAACCACUCAUCUUCAUUGGGCGAAAUAUGAGGAUUGUGCAGGGUAACAACCAAUCCUUUGGGUCUCCUGUAAACCGGAUCCAAAUCACGGGCUACUGGGCCUCUCGUUCACUCACUGUCGCACCCGGGCUUACGAUUAUAGAGCGUUUGAAGGAGUAUCGGAGCUACAUCGUCUUCCUUGUUGUCACGUUCUCCAUCGAUGUUGCUUUCUGGGUGAGCAAAAUGCGCCAAUGGGCACGCCUGUGGAUGGGCCUGAAGAGCGAAGGCUUCGAGGACGAGCUUGAACGGACUAUGCGGGGAUUUGCGAAGAGUAAUUUUGGACUAGACAUAACUUCGGAGGCCUUCCAGGGCUGA